ACCCGGGGAAUUAAAAGAGAGAGGGAAAAGCUCUCCCGGCAAACGCGCGACUCGCGUCCCCACGGCCGGCCGCGGCGUGAUGCGCACGGCCCGGCCCGUGACGCCGCGGCCGUCCCUGUCCCUGUCCCCGCGUCCCCGCCGCCAUCGCGCGCCCGGCUCCGGGAUCCCGGCGCCGGGCCUCGCUCCCCAUGGGGCUGCGCCGCUGGCUACGGAGCGCCUGCUGCUGCUGCCCGUGCCGGUGCCUGGAGGAGCCCGCGCGGCCCGAGAAGGAGCCGCUGGUCAGUGGUAACAAUCCAUAUUCCUCCUUUGGAGCGACUCUGGAGAGGGAUGAUGAGAAGAAUUUAUGGAGCAUGCCUCAUGACGUGUCCCACACAGAGGCGGAUGACGACAGGAUCUUGUAUAAUCUGAUAGUCAUUCGUAAUCAGCAGACCAAAGACUCAGAGGAAUGGCAAAGACUCAACUAUGAUAUCUACACCCUGCGGCAGAUCCGCAGGGAAGUGAGGAACCGAUGGAGACGAAUCUUAGAGGACUUGGGCUUUCAAAGGGAAGCCGACUCUCUGUUGUCAGUGACCAAACUCAGCACCAUGAGUGAUUCUAAAAACACAAGGAAAGCCCGGGAGAUGCUGUUAAAGCUGGCUGAAGAGACCUCCAUCUUCCCCGCCAGCUGGGAGCUCUCUGAGAGGUACCUCUUGAUUGUGGACCGGCUCAUUGCUCUCGAUGCUGCUGAGGACUUCUUUAAGAUUGCUAGCCAAAUGUACCCCAAGAAACCUGGGGUCCCAUGCCUGGUGGACGGCCAGAGAAAACUGCACUGCCUUCCAUUUCCAAGCCCCUGAAGGGAGGCCCAGAAGAGCGGAGUUCUUUUACCACGACACAGGAAUUUACCAAAGUUGGACGGCUGCCUGCGGUUUCGAGCGAGCCAGGAGAGGGCUUUCUCCAGUCAAACACUAUCGUGAAUCCUACAAAUAUAAG